UAAGAAACCCUAGACCUUCCUUUAUCUUUGGUUAAUCACUCCCUUCCUUCCCUCCUCCCUAUUUCUUCCCCCACUUGUACGACACUUACACGAACCGGAAACCCGGCCGCCCGACCCUCUCAUUUUUCCCUUCCGUUCGCGCUUCCUUCUCCAACCCGACGAGCGAGCUCGACGCCUGCUGGGCUACGGACCUUCACAGGCGAACCGGCGGCGACGGCAACAACCUUUCGGCAGCGUUUCCCGAAACGGGAAGCUGUUGAGGGCUAGGAUCGAGCGAAGUCUAUCCGGCGACUUUUCCUUGAUGGUGCGAUUUGCAGAGGCGUACAUGACCAGCGGCGGCGGUACAACCCUCCAUCGCACGGCGAGCGGUGGCAGCGUCUGGCAUCGGCGGCAGUAGCGGCCGUGGCAUUUGGCGACGGCGACAGUCCGAGCGGUUUGCAACAGCAUUUUUCUUCCGUUCGACAAGGUUCGACACUUACCCAUUCCGUUACGGCUUUAGAUUCAAGUUACCCACUUCUAAAUGAAUCCAAAUAUGUCGGAUUAGACGAAUUCGGACGCUAACCAACAAGGAUUCGGGUCCUUUUGGGUAAGUUGCAGCUGGUUUAUUACCCUAAUUCUCUUGCGAACUGGUUUAAAGUUGGCGGAGUGAUUUUGGACCAAUUUAGAUACCGUUCCAGCAACGUUCUUCCUUUGCCGCAGUUUCGAAAUUGUGCGGACACCUUUUGUCAAGACCCCAAGGUCAUUUUGUUAAAAACUUAUUUGGAGGUGCUUUAAUCGAGGUUUAAGAUCCCUUUGGAUUCCGUUAGAAGCGUCUUAGAAACGCUUAGGACCAAACGCGAUGAAACGAAAUCCUGGUGUCGAGAACUUGUCUGGUUCUUCAUCUUCUAAGCCCUUACAUGCUGUCGUUGAUAACAAACCAGUCUUCUUAACUAAAGCCCAACGCGAGCAAUUAGCUCUUCAACGACGCCAAGAUGAAAUCUCUCUUCAAAGACGCCGCCAAGACCAACUUCUCCUAUCUAAUUCUCAGAAUCCUUCAUUUGAUUCUGUCGAUAACCACAAAUCUUCUGAUUAUGACCGUCGCGAUCGUGAUAGAGGACGAGACCGAGAAAGAGAUCGAGACAGGACCCGUGAUCGGGAAAGAGAUCGUGAUCGGGAUUUGGAGCGUCGGAAUCGCGAGAAGGAGCGCGAGGAAGAGGCCAAAGCUCGAGAGCGUACCCGCUUAGAGAAGCUUGCAGAGCGGGAGCGUGACAAGGAGUUAGAUGCAAUUAAAGAACAAUAUCUUGGCUCUAAGAAACCUAAGAAACGUGUUAUUAAACCUAGUGAGAAAUUUCGCUUCUCAUUUGAUUGGGAAAACACUGAAGAUACUUCUCGGGACAUGAAUUUGCUAUACCAAAAUCCUCACGAGGCCCAACUUUUGUUUGGACGAGGGUUUCGCGCUGGCAUGGACAGACGAGAGCAAAAGAAGCUUGCAGCUAAGAAUGAGAAGGAGAUGAGGGAGGAGAUACGAAAGAAAGACGGUGUGGAGGAAAAACCAGAGGAGGCUGCAGCUCAAAAACUCAAGGAAAAAGCUGCUGAUUUGUAUGACUCAUUUGAUAUGAGAGUCGAUCGGCACUGGAGUGAAAAGAAGCUAGAGGAAAUGACUGAGAGGGAUUGGAGAAUUUUUAGGGAGGACUUCAAUAUAUCCUAUAAGGGUUCCAAGAUCCCUCGCCCCAUGAGGAGUUGGACGGAGAGUAAGUUGACGACGGAACUUCUUAAGGCAGUAGAAAGGGCCGGUUAUAAGACGCCCUCCCCCAUUCAGAUGGCUGCCAUUCCAUUGGGUUUACAACAACGUGAUGUUAUUGGGAUUGCCGAGACUGGUUCUGGUAAGACUGCUGCCUUUGUUCUUCCCAUGCUAGCUUAUAUUACAAGGUUGCCUCCCAUCAACGAAGAGAAUGAGGCAGAAGGGCCUUAUGCGGUAGUGAUGGCUCCCACUCGUGAACUUGCUCAACAGAUUGAGGAUGAAACUGUAAAGUUUUCUCACUAUUUGGGUAUUAAGGUGGUUUCAAUUGUUGGAGGUCAAUCUAUUGAGGAGCAAGGAUUUAAGAUCAGGCAGGGUUGUGAGGUUGUCAUUGCCACCCCGGGUCGUUUGCUGGAUUGUUUGGAGAGGCGUUAUGCAGUACUUAAUCAAUGUAAUUAUGUUGUUCUAGAUGAGGCUGAUAGGAUGAUAGAUAUGGGUUUCGAGCCUCAAGUUAUGGGGGUUUUAGAUGCAAUGCCUUCAAGCAAUCUUAAACCUGAAAAUGAGGAUGAGGAGCUUGAUGAGAAGAAAAUAUAUCGAACUACAUACAUGUUUAGUGCUACCAUGCCACCUGCUGUGGAGAGGCUCGCUAGAAAAUAUUUAAGAAAUCCUGUUGUUGUUACUAUUGGAACUGCUGGAAAGGCAACUGACUUAAUAUCUCAACAUGUUAUUAUGAUGAAGGAAUCAGAGAAAUUUUAUAGAUUGCAGAAUUUGCUCGAUAACCUGGGUGACAAAACAGCUAUUGUUUUUGUUAACACCAAGAAGAAUGCUGAUACCGUUGCCAAAAAUUUGGACAAGGCAGGGUAUCGUGUUACAACUUUGCAUGGUGGGAAGUCACAAGAACAGAGGGAAAUUAGUCUUGAAGGGUUUAGAACUAAGAGAUAUAAUGUUCUCGUUGCCACAGAUGUUGCUGGUCGUGGAAUAGAUAUUCCUGAUGUUGCUCAUGUCAUAAAUUACGAUAUGCCUAGUAACAUUGAAAUGUAUACACAUCGUAUUGGACGUACUGGACGUGCAGGUAAAACAGGUGUGGCCACAACAUUUUUGACUUUACAGGAUUCUGAAGUCUUUUAUGAUCUCAAGCAAAUGCUUAUCCAAAGCAAUAGUCCUGUGCCUCCUGAAUUGGCAAGGCAUGAAGCGUCUAAGUUCAAGCCUGGUAGUAUUCCUGAUAGACCUCCUCGGCGUAAUGAAACUCUUUUUGCACAUUGAGAGGCAUGUUUCUGAAGACAUUUACAUUGUCACAGUUGCUGUGUUGGCUACAUGGUUGCUUUGUCUUUUACUUUUAUCUUAAGUAAAUUUUCUUGUCCUUGUAAUCUUUAGAUGUUCUUGGCAUUAGACUAACCACUUGAGUUUUUUAUCUGUGUGUUGUCUUAAAAUCUCUUUGAUUCGACUUUAUCUAUGAGAAUUUCUAUCCAGUUUCAUCGUGGGAUGCCAUGUUUAAUUUUCAAAAUUACAGAUUUAUUAAAUAAUGAAACAGCCAUAGUGUAUUUGCUCAAAUAAUUCAUUUUUUUUCCGUUGUAUGUGCUGCAAAUCUGCAAAGUGUUUGGUAGUCUAAUGCAAGGGUUUGAUGAAAUCUACUUAUAAAGUUGAUGCAAAUCAACCAACAAUUUUAAUAUUCCAGUAGGUUUAGAGCUGUGUUUCCUAGUGAGAAGAUUUUCAUGGAAAUGCCCCAGUUUAAACAUGACGAUUGUGCUUAAUGAAUAACAUACGAGGAAUGGAGCUUACCAUAGGAUGUUAUUGGCCACCCAUCUUCUUCCUGCAUCAGAAUUUCUCGGCCUAAUCUUCUGUUGGAUAAGAACUGUCUACAAGGGAGGUGGCCCCAGCGGCUGCUACUACUGCUUCAGGAUUGGCCACUUACCACUCGUUAACAGAAAAUAACAAAGGCUCAGACUGUAGCUACCAGAGCUCAACCUAUCAGUGCUGAUGGUGGUGGUGCCGACAACAAUGGUAGGACUAGCAAUGCCAGCGUCCAGGUGGACCGAGAGGAUUUGCUGGGAAACUUUGAAGAGGCUGGGGCCUCCUAACACUAAGAGGAACAAUUUGGAAGGCACUUUGAGUAUUGCUCUUGAAGUCUCUGAUCAGACUCUGAUUGGUAACUAAUGUUAUAUUCAUUUAUCAGCAUGAUGUUCAUUCUCGUAAUUAUGUUAAUUUAUCGACAAUGUAGUGGCAUCUCUUUUAAUUUUGAUAAUUGAAAGUACAAACUCAGGUCAUGGUUGAAGGUUUCUAGGUUCUACUUCUAGUCAAUAUGGUGAAUCAGUAAACUGCUCGUAUUCGCUAUAGAACUCUUCCUUUAAUGUUAAAUGCCUGAAAUAUAUGGAUGUGGAUAUUGGAAAUGCAACAA